ACCAGAUACAGACCAGAUACAACAACCUCAGAGAGCUGUAUGAGUCGAGUAAUAUGUUGGUUAUAUUAGAGCUUGUUAAACAAGGAUGGCACGUCUUUGGCUCCAGUGUUUACUACAUCUCUGCUGAGGACAAGAGCUGGAGUGACAGCAGAAAGUACUGCAGAGAGAAAAAAGCAGACCUGGUGAUCAUAAACAACAGAGAGGAACAGAAAUUCAUUGUUAAACAAAUGGGCAAUAAUCGCCAGGCUUGGAUUGGUCUGAAUGAUGGAGACACAGAGGGAAAGUGGAAAUGGGUGGAUGGGACAGAACUGACUGAUUAUGACACUGGGUACUGGUAUGAGGGGGAGCCGAAUAAUGCAGGUAAUAAUGAGGACUGUGCUGAGACCAGGAAUAUUGCAAGUGUAAAAGCCUGGAAUGACAGAUCAUGUAAUGAUGCAUCCAGGUGGAUCUGUGAGAUAAACCUGUUAUAAAAGUGAAAUAUUAUUAUUAUUAUUAUUAAAUGCCUGCAAUCAUAUCAAAUGUGUGCAAUGAGCAGUUGCGCCACUUGUAACUAUAAUUUGUGAAGAACUAUUUAUCUUGUCACCCUCUCAGUAUCUAACUCAAUACAUGACCAGUCCUCUGAU